UUCAGCUGCAAGCUGUCCUACAACCGGAUGACUUCACUUCAGAUUUUAGUGAGUUAAUGUUGGGUCUCUGUGCCAUCUGUGGCUGGAUGGACAAAGCAAAAGUAUUCAAAAGGAAGUUUUUCCUCCUCUUCAUUGCCACCAUCAUCUUCAUCUUCUGUAUCACUGUGAGAACAACUACGAUGUACAGGGCUAUCCCAAAACCACGUAAGGCUGCGAACAGUUGCCCUUUGCAGAUCUCUGAGCAGACCAUCACCCCCCUCAAAAAUACCACGCACUUACUGGUGUCAGCCUACAUGGAUCAGAGAGUGAAAGACUUGGAUAUACGCAUCAUUGGCAUAUUUAGGAGCGACUCUGUCCAACCCCUUUACUGUCUUUUCUGCUGUGCAGGCUCAUUAUCAAAUUCAACUCCAGCAACAAUUUCACAACACACAGACAACUUUGGUUUUCCCUUCAUCACUACAGAUGUCAUGUGUAAGAUUCCUUACAACUGCAGCACUACACAUGUCAGUCUCCUGACUCAGCCAGACAGAGCGAAGAAAGUUAACCAGACUUGGCUUCCCAUCAGAAACCAGAAGAUCAAUGGAAGGAAUGAGAGAAAGUUGCAGUUUAACUUCACUGUCUGUGUGUCCAGCCUGUUUGGAGACUACAACAAUGUGCUUCAGUUUGCACAGACCCUGGAGAUGUACAGGUUGCUGGGUGUGGACAGGGUGGUGAUUUAUAACACCAGCUGUGGUCCAGACCUCGAGCGCCUGCUGCAGAGCUACAGCAAGGAGGGCUUCGUUGAGAUAGUUCCUUGGCCCAUCGACCAACAUCUGAAUCCUUCUCGUGGCUGGCUCUUCUCAAAGAGCGGCGGGGACGUGCACUACUUUGGCCAGCUGACCACGCUUAACGAGUGCAUUUACAGAUCGAUGGCCCGCUCACGCUACGUCCUACUGAAUGACAUCGAUGAGAUUAUAAUGCCAUACCAACACGACGACUUGAUGUCUCUGAUGGACACACUCAAAAAGACGCAUCCAAAUACAGGAGUGUUUUUUAUUGAGAACCAUAUCUUUCCCAAGAAGCAUUUUGAGCCAAGUGGAAGAUUUCACCUACCUCAGUGGAAUGGGGUCCCGGGAGUUAAUAUUCUGGAGCACAUCUACAAGGAGGAACCCGACAGAAACAUAUACCAUCCAUACAAGAUGAUAGUUCAGCCAAGGUUGGUAGAGCGCACUUCAGUGCAUGAAGUGCUCAGGAGUUAUGGACAACAAUUCAAAGUUCCACUGGAGGUUUGUCGGAUCAUUCAGGUCCGUGAGUCGCUGCGAGGAUCGUUAACACUGGAUGAGCUCCAUGAGGACAAAAGACUGUGGGACUUCCAAGAAAAACUAAUUCCCAACGUAGACAGAGUACUGAGGAGAGCGGGGCUGCUGAGCUCAGACGGGUAG